AUGGAUGAGAUAAAGUCGAACUGGAAAUACUACCAAGUUUCAAGUAUAGAACAACAACAAAAAGACUGGGCGAGCAGUGUAAAGCAGAUAUGCAUAGUAAAAACAGUCCCUGAGCUGCUCUACACUCUUGAUCAGACUGAGAUUGCUGGAUUGGAGAAUUUUCUAGACUUGAGCUUUUUUAGACAGAAUAUAGCACCAAUGUGGGAGGAUCCAAACAACGUGACUGGGGGACGAAUAAUAGUGGAGAUCCCCACUGCCUUGAAGGAAAAGCUGCAUGGACUGUGGAAAAAGACAGUUGUAUUCUGUAUAUUAGAGCCCUUCAAGGGGAUCAAUGGAUGUGUAUAUGCUGAGAAAGCAAACUAUAGAAUAUGCAUUUGGAUUUCUGAUCCAACAAGCGCCGAAGACAUAACACAUGCCUGGAAGCGUAUUUUAGAUUGUGAUGAAUUGUCAUUUUCAUUCUCGUUACAUGCAAAACACACAGAACCAUCAAAAUCAAAGAAAAAGCCGUUUUCAUCCCGUAGGGAUCGCUAA